CUCGUCGAGCUAUUGUGUCAUAUUACAAAUAUGAACCCCUGCCCUAUUCUCCAACCCGAACCCGAUGCGCGUCUCCCUCUGAUACUCACCACCACAGUUUAGAGCAGGAGAACGAAGACUGUUCACUGCAUUAGAAUCAGCAUCUGCGUUCAAUCAAUCGUCAUCAGAUAUGGCGGGUCCAACUCCAAUUCCUGCGCCAACAAGCUACUCUUUAGCUCGCGAUACGUCGGAAACAUACUUUCGAAGUCUCCACCUUAAAAGUUUUCAAGAAACAAGCCGUGCCUCCUCAAGUGCAAUUGUCCGGCGCGUGUCAUGGAAUGCUCUCGGCAGUCUGAUCGCGGCGAGUGGAACUACAACCCCAAACGGGGUCCAUGUGAUUAGGAUAUGGAACCCAGACAAGCCUGAUGUGAAGUACUCCACCGAGCUGCGGGGCCACACGCAGGCUGCUGAUUCCAUUGCUUGGGACCCGACCUUGGCGGAUCGUCUUGUCUCUUGCUCUGCCGGAGAUGGUACCGUUAGACUCUGGGAUGUACGGUUACGAGAGACUCUGAAAAUUCUGAAGUUGACGGCGAAUGCGGCCGGAGCAUCUGGGGCGGGGAAUGCGGGGAAUCAGACAGCAUCAUCAUUGAAGGAUGGGGCGGCUGUCGAAGGCGCCACGAAUCUACCACAGCUUUGCCCACUACUUGUGCGUUUCACACCGGAUGGAAGAUGGGUACUGAUCAGCGGAACACAAGGGCGAGGAAUCUACAUUGUUGAUGCAAAGACUUUUGCUCCGAGCGAGAACGGAUCUAAUGGAGUUCUCGAGGUCAGCAACGACAGCGACGUGACGUGCGCAACAGUAUCAAACUCAUGCUCAGUCCUGGCAGUCGGACUAUCCUCAGGAGCAGUCAAAUUCUACUCUUUUGACACGCAAACUGGACACGCUGAUCCAGAGCCAGUAUGGACAAUGAACGCGCACCGCACCGGAAUCACAUGUAUGGAGUUUGAUCAACGAGGGCAGUUUCUUGCCCUGGGAUCGAAUGACUCGUUGGUGAGUAUAUGGGAUACACAGGAGCUGGCGUGCAUACGCACAAUUGGGAAGUCCGCAUUUCCCGUGAAAUCGAUCUCGUUUUCUUUCGAUGGUGCGUAUCUUGCAGUGUCACUGGAAGCAGCGGAUCCGGUCCAGAUUAUACACGUAGAAAGUGGGGAAAUCGUCCACUCAAUUGGCAGAACGUCGGCGUUCUCGGUACCAUCACUGGACUGGCACCCCCUGAGAUACUGGCUGGCGUUCGGUGGGGAUCCUACGGGCCUGAAGAUCUUGGGUAAUCUAGAAAAGUAUGGUGGGUCGCGAGGAGGAAGAUAAUGUGGUUGAUUGUAUUGUAUUUAGGACGAGGUGGGAAGCUGCUGUUUCUCGUUCAGGAAAAAUAGAGCUGGCGUUACUUUGUUGGAAUUUUACGUUUGGAUGUCGCACCAGAAUUGUAGCCUAAAAUUGAUUACUGCAAACAUACUCCAAUGAUCCCAUCUAUUAUAUCAAAUUGUUCAAUAUUCACCAACCAAACUGCUUUUAAUGAUGAAUCUCAAUUAUGACCAUCAGCGUG